CACAUUACUAGGUUUUUGUAGUUGUUUGCUUAGGAACUCUGUUAUUCAUAGAUCAUUUCCUGUUUUCCAGACAAAUCUGUUACUUUUGCAUUGUUAUUAUCAGGUUUGGUAAUAGUUUCUCUGUGAUUUAAGAUAUUUGUGUAAGUAUCCUGUACAGUACUUGUUAGUUCUAGUCUUCUGUCUCCCUUCAAUGUUUCCACUUCCUUUUUGGCAUUACAGUUUUAAACAUAUUUCCAUUUUGCAUUUAUUAUUAGGAGAAACAAAAUUAGUAAAGAUAGAGUAGUAGGUAUUAAUAGGUCAUUGUUUGGGGGAGCAUUUUGACUAGUGGAAGAUCAGUUAGACAUUAAAAAGAAGCCAAUCUGUUGACUGUUGAGGAAGUUGAAUUGUAGGUUUAGAUUUUAUUCUAUAGACAAGAGUGAGCAGUUGGAAUUUUGAGGAGGGGUUGCAUAGAGGAAGCAGAGCAGAGGUAAGAGAAUUGAGUCUCGGGGCAUACCCAUUUUUAGGGUACUGGAGAAAUGGAUAUAAAGUCAAAUAAUUUUCAUUACUAUUUAAAGGAAAUACCUUUUAGUUCUCUUAUAUUAGUUGGUAAGAUUUUCUUUGACUUCUCUCCAAACCUUCCUUCCUUGUGACCGUGUCACUUUUCAUGGAUGCCCCUAACCUCUGUCUACAAAACUAGUUCUUUUCUACCCUUUAUUUUAAAGAUUCUAACACUGUGACUAUGUAGGCAUCUUCAGAUUCUAAGACAGUACUAUCCAAUAGAAAUAUAAUUCAAGUCACAUAUGUAAUUUAAAAUUUUCUGUUAGUCACAUUAAAAAAAGCAAAGAGAAACAUGAAUUUUAAUAAUAUAUUUUACUUGACUCAGUAUAUUCAAAAUGUUACCAUUUAAACAUGUAAUCAAUAUAAAAGAUUAAUAAGAUAUUUUACAUUCUUUUUCUUUCUUUUUGUACUAAAUCUUUGAAAUCUGCAGCCCAUCUCAGUUCAGGCUUAGCCACAUUUCAAGUGCUCAAUAGCCACAUGUGGCUAGUUUCUACCAUACAGGACAGCACAGUUCUAAGAUUUUAAAGACUUUAAUGAGGUAUGUUCUGCCUAGGAAACUCUUCUCCACUCUGCUUCAUCAUAAAUUCCAUGAGCAUUCAUUUCUUAAGAGAAAGAUGCAAAGCCAGUAAAAACAAGCAGGUUGUCUUCAAUUUUCAGCUUGUAUGAAGCACGCAGAAAUAAAGCCAGCUUAGAAAGGGAAGUAAUAGAAUAUUUCAAUUCCUGACCUCUGCCUGAGAAAAUCCUUUAUUUUUUCCUGUAGGGUCUUAGAGGCUGGUGCUUUCAGCUAAAAUUAUGAUUAAGUACUUCAGGCUUUUACCACAGUUUUUAUAUAACAUUAUAAUCUUUUUCAAAAACAAAAUAUAACCACCUUAACUAAUAUUAAUACAGACUUUACCGAUCACAGUUCUCAUGAUGAGUAACUCCUCUUAACUAUACCCUCUGCUAGAAGAUUUGUCAUUUUUUAACAUGACACAUGAGGUCACCGUGAGUCAGAAUCAGCCCAACAGCAACUAACAACACAACACCACCAUAAACCUGAUGAGAUAAAAGCAACAGUGUUUGAUGACUGCAAGAAAGAAGGCGAAUGGAAGAUAAUGCUCUUAGAUGAUUUUACCACUAAGCUUUUGGCAUCGUGUUGCAAAAUGGCAGAUCUUUUAGCAGAGGGUAUAACUGUGGUGGAGAAUAUUUAUAAGAGUCGCGAACCUGUCAGACAAAUGAAAGCUCUUUAUUUUGUCUCUCCAACAUCAAAGUCUGUAGAUUGUUUUUUACGUGAUUUUGCAAGUAAGUCGGAGAACAAAUAUAAAGCAGCAUAUAUAUACUUCACUGACUUUUGCCCUGAUAGUCUUUUUAACAAAAUUAAGGCUUCUUGCUCCAAGUCAAUAAGAAGAUGUAAAGAAAUAAAUAUUUCCUUCAUUCCACUUGAAUCUCAGGUGUAUACUCUUGAUGUACCAGAUGCAUUCUAUUACUGUUACAGUCCAGACCCUAGUAAUGCAAACGGAAAAGAUGCCGUUAUGGAAACGAUGGCUGAGCAGAUAGUUACAGUAUGUGCCACCCUGGAUGAAAACCCUGGAGUAAGAUAUAAAAGCAAACCUUUAGAUAAUGCCAAUAAGCUUGCACAGCUUGUUGAAAAAAAACUUGAAAACUACUACAAAAUUGAUGAAAAGAGCCAAAUAAAGGGUAAAACUCAUUCCCAGCUCUUAAUAAUUGAUCGUGGCUUUGAUCCUGUGUCCACUGUCCUGCAUGAACUGACCUUUCAGGCAAUGGCAUAUGAUCUACUACCGAUUGAGAAUGAUACAUACAAAUAUAAAACAGAUGAGAAAGAAAAGGAGGCAGUCCUUGAGGAAGAUGAUGACCUCUGGGUCAGAAUUCGACAUCGGCAUAUUGCAGUAGUACUAGAGGAAAUUCCCAAGCUUAUGAAAGAAAUUUCAUCAACAAAGAAAGCAACAGAAGGAAAGACGUCACUUAGUGCUCUUUCCCAACUGAUGAAAAAGAUGCCCCAUUUCCGUAAACAGAUUACUAAGCAAGUUGUCCAUCUUAAUUUAGCAGAAGACUGCAUGAGUAAAUUCAAAGCUAAUAUAGAAAAGCUCUGCAAAACUGAACAGGACCUGGCACUUGGAACUGAUGCUGAAGGACAGAAGGUGAAAGAUUCUAUGCGAGUACUCCUUCCAGUUCUACUCAACAAAAAUCAUGAUAAUUAUGACAAAAUAAGAGCAAUUCUACUUUAUAUCUUCAGUAUUAAUGGAACGACGGAAGAAAAUUUGGACAGGUUGGUCCAGAAUGUAAAGAUAGAAAAUGAGAGUGACAUGAUUCGUAACUGGAGUUACCUUGGUGUUCCCAUUGUCCCCCAGUCUCAACAGGUAAGACCACCAAGAAAGGAUCGAUCUGCAGAAGAAACUUUUCAGCUUUCUCGAUGGACACCUUUUAUCAAAGAUAUUAUGGAGGAUGCCAUUGAUAACAGAUUAGAUUCAAGAGAAUGGCCUUACUGUUCCCAGUGUCCAGCAGUAUGGAAUGGCUCUGGAGCUGUGAGUGCUCGCCAGAAACCCAGAGCUCAUUAUUUAGAGGACCGAAAAAAUGGGUCAAAGCUGAUUAUUUUUGUAAUUGGAGGAAUUACAUAUUCUGAAAUGCGCUGUGCCUAUGAAGUUUCUCAGGCAUAUAAAUCCUGUGAAGUAAUUAUUGGUUCUACGCAUAUUUUAACACCCAAAAAGCUGUUGGAUGAUAUAAAGUUGCUGAAUAAAUCCAAGGAUAAAAUCUCCUUUAUUAAGGAUGAAUAGGUUUUUUGUUUCUUUGAGGAGUCUCACUAAUACGUUCAACUGAUAUAGAUAAAGAAAUGUUGCUAUCAUGUAAUUUAAAUAAUGUAAAUAUUUUUAUGGAAUAAUGACUUUUUAAAAACAUUUCUGAAGGGAGUGUUUAUGAGGGUUUAUGGCUACCUAUCACUGGGUUUGUCAUUUUUAAUUAUUUAAAUAUUAUUGCUGCGUGGUAGAUGGUGAGAAGAAAUGUUAAAAUGCUUUCUAAAAGGAAAUCUUUUACCUUUAGAACAGACUUAGUAGAAUUGGGUAAUUUUUCGCAGCCACCUAUGUACAUAACAAUUACUUGUUAGAUACUUAAUCUAAGUGUCCUAUGCCGAAGAAUAGUGUUUUGAAAAAGAAUGAUUUUAAAUGAAGAGAUUGCAAAAGUGAAAACUGUGAAUGUGUGUGUAUGAUAGAUGUCCUAUAAAUAUGGUUUUCUUUCAACUGGAAUAGUUUCUUUUGUGUGUAAAAUAAUUCGUUGUCAAUAAUAGAAAUAGAGUGAUUUCACGGUGUAUAUUAUCUUGCUAGUUACUUCUUGAGAACACAAUUUUAUAGUUUUGAAAUCAUGUAUGUUUAAAUUAGAAGACCAAGAGUAAUCAUGAACAUUCUAAGAGAAAAUAAAUAUAUAAUUACAAAAACUU